AUGUGGGGGAACACAGGUUCCAACCUGAAGUCCAACAAAGAGCUCAAUCAACUUGUGCAUGAUGUCAUUCUGGCUGAUGACUUUAAUCCUGAUGAUCUUCAUGGCUUUCGAGCUUUAAAAGAACUUUCUCGCUUGGAUUCUACAGACUCCGGUGACAGUUUCUUCUCUGCUUCUGCAGGCUGGAGAAAGUACUCCAUCAAGAUACCCGUGCCAAAAGAGAAGGUCAAGCUACCUGAGGAAAAUGCUCCUACAUUCGAAGUGGGAGAUAUUUAUAUGCAUCGUCUUGUCGAUAUCAUUCGGGAGGUCUGUGAGGACCCUGAUGAAAAGAUGUACAACUGGCGGCCAUUCAAGGAGUUCUGGCAAUGUCCGAAGGAUGACAGCUGCACUUCAAGAGGAUCCUCAGUAGACCAGAUGCCAGCUGAGACAGAGAAUGUAUGCAUCUAUAGUGAGCUCUACAAUUCAGAUGCGAUGCUCGAGGAAGACGCAAAGAUUCAUGCACGACCUUGUGAACCUGGAGAUCCAGAUGACGUGGAGCCUGCUGUUGUUCCAAUCAUGCUGUGGUCAGAUGCUACACGUCUUGCCAACUUUGACACGGCUUCUCUCUGGCCCAUCUAUGCUUACUUUGGCUUUCAGUCAAAGUAUCAGCAUGCCCAGCGACACUCGCGUUCAUCACACCAUCUUGCCUAUAUACCUAAAUUACCUGAUGACUUUCAAGACUGGUACGAGGAGACAUAUGGGGAGCCUGCAAGUGCAGAUGUCCUUCGCUUUUGCAGACGUGAGCUGUAUCAUGUGAUCUGGCUACUUCAGCUGGAUCCUGAGUUCAUGCAUGCCUAUGAACAUGGAAUUCUUCUUUGUUGUAGAGAUGGAGUCCUUCAUCGACUAUUUCUGAGGUUUUUUACAUAUUCUGCAGAUUAUCCUGAGAAGAUACUUCUCGCAUGCAUCCGCUAUCUUGCACAAUGCCUGUGCCCACACUGUCUCAUCAAGAAGGCUGACAUUCCAGAUAUGGAUUCACAUAUGGACAUGCUCCGACGGGCAAAGUUUCGUGCAGAUUCAUACCCUGUACAGUACGAUAUUAUGAAGACGCGACAUUGGAUAUUCGAGAAGGGCUAUGGCCCCAGAAGCAAACACAUCGCAAACAUCUUAGAUCGCUACUUGUUGGUGCCAAGCAGGAGCGCAUUCUCUAUUCAUUUAUCAGAGUUUGGAUUCGACUUCUAUCCAAUGUUCGUAGUCGACCUCAUGCAUGAAUUCGAGCUUGGUGUUUGGAAAGCGAUCCUCACACAUCUGCUGCAGAUUUUCUAUGCUGAGGGUAACAACACAAUUCAGAGAUUCAACAAGAGGCAUGUAUUGACUGUUCUCCACUGCUGA